UCCUAAGGAGGCUAAUCAAUUCUGGUUUCAACACUGAGCCUAUUUAAAAUAGAUAAUGGAAUUGCUGUUCCUUGUCCUGCUCUCUCUGCACAUUCUCAAGAUUGAGGCAGUAGGCCACUGGUGCUAUCAGUCACAGAAGUACAAGCAGCCGAGCUGUGAAGAACCUCGAAGAUGGUAUUUAAUAAACAACACCUGCAAAGAAAGCAAACAGUCACCUAUCAAUAUUGUCACCAAAAAUGUCAUUUAUGAUGAUAGCCUGAAGCCUCUGAAUUUUGAAGGAUAUGAUGUCCAGGGGUCUUCCAAAUGGAACAUAGAAAAUAAUGGGCAUACAGUUAAAGCAACGUUUAGCACAACCCCUAAAAUUGGAGGCGGAGGUCUGAAAAGAAAAUACAAGGCCAUUGAGCUUCAUUUCCACUGGGGAGUCCAAGACAUCCACUACCUGCCUGGGUCRGAACACAGCAUAGAUGGGGAAAAAACAGCCAUGGAGCUUCACCUUGUCCACAUAAGAGAAGAUCUUCCAGAUAUAACAGAAGCAAAGAAAAAUGAGAACGGUAUAGCUGUGUUAGCGUUCUUUAUAGAGGUUGGAGACGAAAAUAAAAAAUAUGCACCUCUAAUAAAUGAAUUAGACAAUAUUAAAUACAAAGAGUACGUAGCACAGAUGGAUGCCUUGCCGCUAUUCUCUCUUCUCCCAAAUGAGGAAGAUCUGGCAAGAUACUACCGGUACAUAGGGUCCCUCACCACCCCGGACUGCCACGAGGGUGUCAUCUGGACCGUGUUUGAGAAGCCGGUGGCACUCAGCCUGGCACAGGUUUCUCAGUUCUCAAUGGUUUACUUUGGUGGCAAAAACUCAACAACACACAUGGUUGAAAAUUUCCGGCCUGUGCAGCCGCUGAAUGACCGAAGCAUUUACUGGUCUGGUGCCAGCCUCCCGCAGCCUUCUGCUCGGGUCUUAAUGCUGCUCUCAGUCCUCACAUAUAUCCUGAGUUCUCUCCUUCAAUGAAGACUUCUCACCUCAUUCAAGGUCCUCGUUUUUGUUUUUGUGUUUUUUUGCUUUGUUUUGGGUUUUUU